CAUAAAGUGGUGUGAUUGUGCUAGUAGAGUUUACAUGCAUUCAAUAUUUAUUGUUAAACAUUAGUUUGCAAGUUUCUUACACUUUUCCUUGGCUAAUUUAAAGAAAACGACGUAGCUAAGAUUUACCUGUCUGUUCAGAGGCGGUGGCCGUGACUAUGCGUUAGAUUACAGUUUAGAAGAUAUAUGACGGGCAUUGGUAGAUUCGACAAAACAGUACUGCAAACACAUAGAUGCUUGGAAUUUUACCACGGUUAACUGUUGAUUUCCGCGUUCAUGGAGGCCUUGCCAUGGCGGAUUGGGCUCUCUUUUUUCUGGCCAUAUUGCUCGGUCAUUGCAGCGUAUCAGUAGUAGGCACGUGUCCGACUGGCAUGUAUGGUCAAGACUGCCUCAGCCACUGUCACUGUGCGAACAACGCUGCCUGUGUCAGAGAUAGCGGCUACUGCAGCGGAUCUAAUGGAGCCUGUGCUGAUGGAUACCAUUCAGAUAUGAACGCAAACAACUGCCAAACAGGAAUCGUUGAACUCCAGAUGUUGACCAUGCCCAACCUGAACCAGAAUGGUACAUUCAGCUGCGCCGCCACAUCGGGAGAUGUUCUUCAAGCAAACCUGCUUGUCCUCGCUGCUGGCGAUCCAUCAACAUCAUUCACACGAACAGACUCUGUGACUGAAGGGAAGGUGCUGAAUAACACUUUCUCUGCAUCUGGACUUAAUGACGAUCAGUACGUCUAUUGCUACCUCCUUCAUAAUGGAAGCCUGUGGACGUAUGUUAGGGUGUCUCUUUUUGUUCAGCCGUACCUAAGUCAGCCUCCAGCAGUCCUUGCUGGUCUAGCGUCUGUGACUGUUACCUGGCAUCCAUGGGGAUCAUACACGACUGACUCUGGGGAUGGGCCAGUCGUCAAAUACGUUGUGUACUUCAAGCGAGCUUCUGUAGAAUGGACUGUCGGUGGCGAGGUGCAAGUGAUAGGCAAUACCCAGCCUGCAAAUAGCUUUGUAGUCCAACCACUGGUAACGAGUACUCAAUACCAGUUUAGCGUGUCAGCAGUGAGAGAUGGUCGAGGAGGUGAAGGGCCAAGGAGUCCUGCAUCAGACUGGAUAUAUCCUCUUGCAACACUUCCUUCCACGACUAAAGGCCCAGUUACCGAGUCUUCAACAGCAGUGCCUUCGCCAUCGAUGACUGGGGGACCCGUGCCAACCAGUACAGAGCAAGCUCCAUGUCCUGUUGGUAGUUACGGACUUUACUGUCUAAAUGAUUGUCACUGUGCUAACAACUCCGCCUGCGUUAGAGAUAGCGGCUACUGCAGUGGAUCUAAUGGAAUCUGUCACUUGGGGUUCACGUCCGAUAUAAAUAUGAACAACUGCCAGACAGGCAUCAUAGAGUUUAAAAUGCUGAAAAUGCCGAAUCAAGGCCAGGAUGUAAAUUUCAGCUGUGCUGCUACGUCUGGGGAUGUUCUGUUGGCAAGAUCACUUUUCCUAUAUGUGGCAUCCAGUAGGUUGGCGGUCUUACAAUCAGCGACUUCAACUGAAGGCAGUGUGCUGAACAACACAUUCUCUGUACCUGGACUAAGCGACGGUCUGCUGAUCGGCUGUUAUCUUACUCAUAAUAGUAGAAGUGUAUCAGUAAUGCUGAGUGUGUCCUUCUUUGUUCAACCACACCUCGGCCAGCCUCCUUCAGUCAAUGCUGGUCCAGCGUCGGUGAGCGUAAGUUGGCAAGCAUGGGGAUCACACAUAUCCGAUUCUGGAGAUGGACCAAUUAUUAAAUACGUUGUCUACUACAAUCAUGCCAACGCAUCUGUUGAAUGGACUGUUGGUGGCGAAGUGCAAGUAAGAGACCAAUCUCAGGUUGCCUAUAGCUUAGUAGUUCAACCACUGGUAACAGGUACUCAAUACCAGUUUAGCGUGUCAGCUGUGAGAGAUGGACGAGGUGGUGAAGGAUCAACGAGUCCUGCAUCAGCCUGGAUAUAUCCCCUAGCAACACUCCCUUCAACUACAGAAAAUCCUACUGUCAUGGAAUCUUGGACUACAAUGUUCACACAAUCAAUGGCUACCUUGCGAGCAUCAACUAGCCCAGAACCCGGUGUGCAAAAUCUUGUUGUGAUAGUUGUUUGCGGAGUCUUUGCUUGUGUAAUUUUACUAAUUGUGGCAACUACCGUUGUGUGCCUGUGCAAUAACAGACGACGGACUUCAAAGCCAGGCAGGACACAAGCUGGUGGUCAGGAACUGACAGCAUACGAAAGGAGAAUAUCCCGGAAGGACGACGUGUGCCCAUCAUCGGGCUCUGCACUUGUCCCUGGCGCGGGUUCAUCCACAAGCUAUGCAGAUAUUGGUCUGCCGUAUUGGGCCGAAGACUGGAACAUUCCAUGGGGGAAUAUUGUGUUUGGACAGAAGGCCUUGGGUGGCGGAUACUUUAGUGACGUGCUUGACGGUGCUGUGAAGAGAGAAGGCGUGUUCACAAAAGCAGCUAUUAAGAAACUUGCAGGGGAUGCCUCUACAAAUGAUACCGAGAUAUUUAUGAUAGAAUUACGAGCUCUGUCUCAGACUGGACGGCACCCUAACGUUGUCGGCAUCCUUGGAGCGUGUCAACAUAAAGAUAGUCUCUAUGUAGCCGUGGACUAUACACCAAAGGGCGAUCUCCGUUCCUAUCUUAGAAAGGCAAGAUCCUUGUGGAAAGACCAACCGCUGCUCUCUGAGAAGCUGAUACAGUUUGCUUUGGGCGUUGCCAGAGGGAUGCAACAUUUGGCCGCAACGGGGGUGAUUCACAGCGAUUUGUCGGCUAGAAACAUCCGUCUUGCAAAUAAUGCGGUUCCCAAGGUAUCUGAUCGUGGCUUGUCACGAGAAGAAGACAUAAACAGUUAUGUGACUAAGGCUCGUGUUCCCAUUCGCUGGUUGUCCCUGGAAUCGCUGAUGGAGAAAUCGUUCACAUCAAAGAGUAACGUAUGGUCCUUCGGAAUCGUCCUGUGGGAAAUUGCGACCUUAGGGGCCACUCCCUACGCAGACAUCAGAUCUGAGAACCUGUUGUCGAGGUUGGAAAACGGAUACCGUAUGCCGAAGCUGAGCAACUGCGCUGAUGAACUUCACAACUUGAUGCUCAAGUGCUGGCAUAUGGAUCCAAGAAACCGACCUUCUUUCUUGGAACUCUCUUCAGUCCUGGCUGUAGUGAAAGAUAAACGAGUUGCAGUGAAUUACAUACGACCCUUGCCAACAUCUGAGCAGCAGAAAUACUUAAUACGCCCAGAGCUGGAUGUUAACUGACUUCGAUAGUCGGAAUAUGAGAGUGUUGGCACAAUCAGCAUUGUAUCCUGCGUGGCUUAUGAGACAACCUCUUCAUUUCGAAUUACACCGAUUAGUAUUUACGCAGAGGCAAUCUAUUUCACUUUGACAUAAGAUUUAGUAUACCUUCUUUGUAACUGAGACGGGGGGCAUGAAUUUGGAAAUUCACAAGUCAAGUCACAACAAAGCGGGAAUGGUCGAGUGGGGAAAAUCAUUUAUCUUUUGGUCAAACGUAUGUGACUCUCGUUUGUUAUACUUUAGCUGUCAUUUCCUUUUGGGUGAUGCCCCAAGAAGUUUCAAGUUCACAUGUAUUUUAAGCAGAACAGUUCAAGCUUCUUGAAACCUUUUUUGAAUUGAACUUGUGAUGGGUGAUCAUGAUGGGCCAUGCAAAAAUCAUUCAAACAAAAUAUCAGUGUACAGUAUAGGCCCCACUUAUAAACAGUAUAAGACAGCCAUACAUUUUUUUUCAUGUUUACACAGAGAAGAGUUCAGGAGGUUUAUAAGAAAUACGUAUUAAUUUUACACAGUUUACAAAUAUAUCAGUACCGGUAGGUGGUGUAUAUUUUUCUGGUUUCUGUGGUCAUAACCUUUUACAACGAAUGUAUAUGUACACGCUAGAAAUUCAAACGCAAAUUAUACAUCUCUUCAGUCUCCUGAUGACGAACUGAGCACGCAAUCCGAAACGUUGAGUGUAUAUACUCCCGGUUCCAUUAAGAACCACACAUACUCAUAAGAGAUAUAUUCCUUUGCAUGGUGCUACUGCAAGCCUUUCCACCUACUGCUGUCUUUCACCAUGAAUAGCCUGAAAUUCCAUCUGGCAAAUUAUGCCGUUUGUAAGCUUCACAAUGAAAAAAAAAUUCAUUGUACUAUUGUUUGGUUAUCUGGACUUGUAUGCUAACCCAAAUUUUUUUUCAUGGGGUUUGUAACGCUUAAAUGGUUCAGCACUUAAUACAAAAUUUCGUUUGCACUUAGACAAUUUAAGCAUGUAAACAAUUUGAAAACAGAACAAAAUAGAAAGCACACUUGCACGAACAUCCAAAAUUGAUAAAAUGAACUUAAGUCAAAGACACUAAACCUGGCGUGCAUGUUGUGUCAGUAACUCUCUUUAGUUUCAUGUAGGAAUACUUCAAGACCAGGUGCAGUUCUAGAAGCCAUUUUAUUUGGGGGAGGGGGCUAGACAAAAUUUGGGGGGCUGGAGCCCUUUUACCCCCCACCCCGAACCUAGCCUGUUCCCGACAGAAACCACCGAGUGGUUUUAUUUCUUAUCUGCAGUUGUACUUUCCCUUGAAUAUCUGCUUGCCUUUUCCAUUGAAGAAAGAUGUUCUAACGCACUAUCUACAUACAUGUAUAUAAGUUUUUCUUACUGCUUUUGCUUGUGCAGCCAGAAUGGGGUUUUAAAUCUGCUAUGUCAUGAAUUCACAUAUAUCCGACAGGAAACCUUUUACGGAUGUUUUUAGCUCUAGAUGUUUUUAUUGUUAUUUAUAUCCUCAGUUUCAGUUUGCAAAGCUGAGUUUUUAAAAUGCCGCUUUCUGUCUGAAAUAUUUAUGUUCCUGCUGUGUUUUGUACUUUAAGUUCAUUCUCACCCACAAGAUUCACACCAGGUUUUUGAUUACAUUAAAAGUGUUGUUCAUAAAAAGGCGAAAGCAAAGUAAGGUGUGCUUAAACAGAUGUAGAGGAAAACUUGUUAGUUUGCGGGGUCGAGUUAUUUUCGAGUCAAGAAAGGUUUGACGAGAGGGCGCUGGCUUGCUAGUGCAAUUAGGUUCAAUCAAUUGUAUAAAAUGACCGCAAAAGCGAAAGUUGAGAUUGGUCUAGCACCGGCUUCCAGUCCAUCACUGCAUGGACCUCCGAUGUGUUACACUGACUGAACGUAGAUUUCACGCACCAGUCUAGAUCAGCGGUCACGCAUCAGUUAACACACGUCCAAGUUUAUAAUCUGAACUUACUGCGGCGCAAAUCUUUAAAUAUCAGUUUUUUAUUAAACAGAGAAAGGAACAAUUCACCCUCAAAUCAAGCGUAUGUACUAUAGUAGGCCUACCCUGUAAUGUGUAAUAAUCUCCUUCUUCAAAAAUCGGAAACAAGUUGAGGAAGUUAUCAACAUUUCGUGCCAACGUAGGCAAGGUGUGUAUGACAGGUAGCUUCCGGGUUCGUGGACGUCUCGCCAUGGAGGAUUUUGGACGCUGUCAUCUGAUUAUUCUGUCGGUAGUUUUUAGUGUCAGAGGCAAGUUAUAUAUAUGACUUAAAAUUAAGUUUGAUUUGACUUCUACAGAUUCAGAUCUCAUUGUAAUUCAUAAAGGCCUCUUUGUAAUUUAGAAAGAGGCCAAUCUGUGUGUUUAGGGCUCAUAAAAUGCCUGCAGCCUUUUCUGGGUAACGAUUUCACAGAACAAUAGCCAGCAUCCACCAUUUGUUGCUAUGAAUUUCCAAGAGGCAUGUGCAUCACAAUGUGAAAUGGCUGAAUUAAAAAUGCCAGUAAGAGUCUCCAACUCUAUUUAUUUCCUGUGAGCCCAUGAACAAGAAUUCCAUCUGAUGCAGGUCGUGUGAACUACGAUGGACUGAAGCGAGUCCACGGUGAUAAAUUACCCCCUUACUGGAAAAAUGUUAUCUGCAGCAAAAUGAACAAAACGGGAAAAUCAUCAGAAAAAAUCUGAUUGAAAUAUAUUUGCAGUUCCAGAAAACUGAACGUUUUACAAAUUUUUCUAACUGUGCAUAAACAAAAGAAUGCUGUAUGUGUGCGGUAUAGGAUUGUGUGUGGGAGGGGGGCAGCAGGAGACAGCCGCGUCUUUUGCUUUUGGUUUUUUGGGGGCGUCUUCGUUUCCGUAUCUCGUUUUUAAAAAAAGGAAUUGGUUGGAGACAAGAAAAUAAAUGCACUUCAUUAUUUAGCCUUGUGCUUUUGGAAGCUACAUGUAUUUAGUUGUAGAUUUCAAUUUAAAAUGCCACGAUGUAGCAUUUCUGCCGAAUUCGUCAUUUUUGCAAUUAGAUAUGUGACAUUUGUAUUCAAACGGUAUUUUUGCAUUUCGUUCAGUCUCAACAUUUGUUUGCAGAUGUCGAAUACAGUGUACUUUCACACAUUCAGUUCAGAAUUGAAGUUAUUCAAAUAAAAGUGCUUACGUUGAAUCGUA